CAUCUACUCAAAUACUGCCAAGCACAAUGUGAUCACCUUUCAUUCUUUGAUCAAGCAACAUUGCAUAUGGUCUGGUCCUGAUGGAAGAUGAUAAGUGACAAACAUGGAACAGGUGCAGUAAUAGCCAAGAAGGCGUUUAUGAGUAAAUAUGCCGAUUCAUUGAGGAGGCGCUUGAAUCGGAAGGCGCGAGAUGAAUGUUGAAAUGGCAAAAAGACUCUGCUGUCAAUGAAGGAAAAAGUCUGACAUUUGUUUAUAAAGAAUCAGAUUUACAUCUUUCUAAUCUACAACCAUUGUCGUUGUUGUCUGACCCUCACACAAAACUCAUCCCCUUUCCCUAACUUUUACCGCUGACAGAAUGACAGAGCAUAUGAACAGCUACCGUAUUCUCCGUCGAGCUCCUAAUGAUAAUGCUCCAAAAAAUGACAGUAACAGCUCUCAGGUGAGCAACAGUCAAUCACAACAAGCAACCUCAUCAACAUCUCAACACCAAAACUCCACCACGCAAUCACAACAAGCAACUUCAUCAACAUCUCAACACCAGAACUCCACCACAGCUGCGCCAUCCAAAAGUACUUCGGAGUCGCAUUCGAAUUCGGAGCAAGCUUCCCAGCCAUCAACAGCAAGUCCUUCCAAUUCGACUUCUCCUAGUAACAAUAAUAAAAAUAAUGGUGGCAGCAGUAGCAAUCAAGGUCAAAAUAAUGCAACACAAGCACAAACCCAAUCAACUCCAAGCGCAUCUACUCAUGCCGUAUCCAAUUCAACCUCUCCUCAGCCCAAUUCUACGAAUACUACUGCUGCCAGCAAUACGUCCAUUGCGGAUGCUAGCCAGAGUGCAUCAAGAUCCAAUUCAACUGCUGCAGUAAAUGCAAGUACGCCAUCAAACAACUCACAAAUCACAAUUCCAAACACUUCUGGAAGUCAAUUUAGUCCAUUCUCUACUUCAGUGACGGGUGGUCAAUUCGGCAACAUUGGAUCAGGCUCUCAAGAAGACCAUCAUUCUUCCGGCAGCAUCUCACCUGCAACUAUUGCAGGAAUUGCGAUUGGCGGUGUGGCAGCAUUGAUAUUGGUCGUUCUUUGUGUUCUGUUUUGUUAUCGCAAGCGCAAAAAUCAGAAUGAAGUCAUGGAUUAUGAAGAUUUUGAAAAGCAAAAGAGUUUACACAGACUCAGUAAAGAAUCCCUCAGGUUUAAAAGAUUAUCAGGCAGUAGCUCUAUUGUCUUUGAUACCUCUUCCCGACGUAGUUCUGCACCGAGAUUGGACGUCCGCAUGCUUCAACAUCACGUCAGUAUGGAAAGCGAAGAAGAUCGUGCUGCUUCGGCAGGUUUGUCCGGUCUCGAAAGACUUGAAAGAAGAUCAAGAUCAUUGGUUGAUUUCUCAGAUCAAGUUCAUAUCCAUCGUGAACCAGUCAAUGGACCGGAUGAUCAACGAACAGAGGAUGAACGUAUGGAAUUCUUUUUCAUCAAUGAAGGUGCACCUGAAUUGACUGAGCUUGUUCGUAGAUGGAGCUCUUCCUCCAUAGCACCUUCACAUAGAACGUCAAACUCCUUACCUGGUUUGGCUCUACACAAGAUUGUAACCAACAGUGGAGAGCAAUCACCUCACGAAGAGCGUCAUGAAGGACCGUUUGAAGCAGCAACGAAUCGUAGUAGCGUGAUUCAUUUGACAGAACCUUCUAAAGAAACACGAAACUUUUCGCGAAAUAGCAUCUUAAGCAACCUCUCUGCGUAAUGAUACCUUUUUAAUAGCUCUAACUCAUAAUGACAUUGAUGUAAAAGAAAUAUCAUAAAUGAAGUGAUAUGAAAG